UUAAUUCUUUUUUCGGCAGCAAGUAACAUCAUACUGGAGCAAAAAGACUACUGUUAAAUAUACCAAUCCAUUGUUCAUGCAAAGCUAGUCUAACUUUUAGACAAUUCACGUAAAAGUUUAUCCAGCAAGCUAAAUUAAAUGCUUCUUCUUAGUUUGAAAAAAAAAACAGAUAAAACUUCAGUGUGUUGAACAGAGUGAGCAUAAUCACUGGACAUGAAAACUGCAUGACAUGAAAUAACUCUAGAACAAGUAAAGCCGCAUCAGUAGUUGUACGCUCUUUCUUUAAAACGCCUCUCUGCUGUACAUCUGACUUGAACCCGAUCGUUUUUCGUCUUGCGAAAGGGUCAUUCUCUGCAGCCUAGCACAGCUGUAGCGGACUGUGGUGCUGUACGUGAGCAAUCCUUUUGCACUGAGCUGCAGCAGCAACAACAGCGUCUUCCUGGGUUGGGGACUCGCCAGGCAGCAGCCUCUUGCAUCACUGAGCUCGAGGACGUGUAUGCAAGCCCUCGCGCUCCUUAGCACAACUGGCGGAGCGCACUCGUUGCAACUAGUGUAUUCCUAAAGGCAGCUCUCCAUCCCAAGGAUUACGCAGGACCCGUGCUGGGAAAGAGGUUCCAGGAGAAUUUUUGGAAACGUCUUGUUACAGGAGCUUGUCCUGCGGACAGAUUAUUACUCAUCUCUGACUUGUUGCGUCUUUAGAAGAGUCAGGAACGCUGUCUUUGCCUGGAGCCGCUGGAGCUGUAGUGUACGUCCAGCUGUUGCUAUGGCCGGAGCUUUGUGCAAAAGUUUGUACGCGUUUACCGGCGAGCAGCAUCAGCAAGGACUCAGGUUCGAUGCUGGAGAGAUUAUCAAAGUUGUGCAGGUGUUGGAAGGCGGCUGGUGGGAAGGGGAAAAGGAUGGGAUAAGAGGCUGGUUUCCUGCGAGUUACGUCCAGAUUUUAGAGAAACCUGGAACUACAAGCCCAAUAUCAGGAGAUGAUAGCUCCUCUCUUCUUCCACAGGGCUGGCACUGCUAUAUGUCAGAACAAGGCAGAAGAUACUACGUCAACUCAGUCACCGAUGAGACAACAUGGGAGAGGCCAGGUAGCUCACCUAGCACACCAAAGCACAUACUGCAAAGGAAUUCCAGUCAUACAGUAAAUGGAUAUCACAUGUCAGGGAGUCCCACACAUUUGAAUGAGAAUUUUCAAGUGAUACCUCGAAAAUCCUGUACUGAACCACAGAGUCCUGGGUCCACAUCAACCAAUAGAAAACAUAGCAAGGACACAACAAUUGCAAUAAACUGUGUGACAUUUCCUCAUCCAGACACAAUGCCUGAACAGCAGCUGCUGAAACCAGAUGAGUGGAGCUAUUGUGACUAUUUCUGGGGGGACAAAAAGGACUCACAGAGUAACAGUGUAAUAACUGGAUUUGAGGUUCUUCUACAAAAACAACUCAAGGGCAGACAAAUGCAGAAAGAAAUGGCAGAAUUCAUUCGAGAAAGAAUAAAAAUUGAAGAAGAAUAUGCAAAGAACUUGGCAAAAUUAUCGCAGUUCCCAUUGGCAGCACAGGAGGAAGGGACCCUAGGAGAGGCAUGGGCUCAAUUGAAGAAAAGUUUGUCUGACGAAGCAGAAGUUCAUCUCAAAUUUUCUUCAAAGCUCCAAAGUGAAGUGGAAAAGCCUCUUCUGUCCUUCAGAGAAAACUUUAAGAAGGAUAUGAAGAAAUAUGACCAUCACAUUGCAGAUCUUCGUAAACAGCUUAGCAGCAGAUAUGCUGCAGUGGAAAAGUCCCGGAAAGCACUGGCAGAUCGUCAAAAGGAUUUAGAAGUAAAGACACAGCAGCUAGAGAUCAAACUGAGCAACAAAACAGAGGAAGAUAUUAAAAAAGCAAGAAGGAAAUCUACCCAAGCAGGAGAUGAACUGAUGCGCUGUGUAGAUCUCUACAACCAAGCACAGUCCAAAUGGUUUGAAGAAAUGGUGACUACAUCACUGGAACUUGAAAGGUUAGAAGUGGAGCGUGUUGAGAUGAUUCGUCAACAACUGUGUCAGUACACUCAACUUCGACAUGAAACAGACAUGUUUAACCAAAGUACAAUAGAGCCUGUUGAUCAGCUUCUGCAGAAAGUGGACCCUGGGAAAGACCGAGAGCUGUGGGUGAAGGAGCACAGAACGGGAGACGUCAGACCAGUUGACAUGGAGAUAUGAGUAUUGUUGGACUUGGCUGUUUCUGCAACAGUGCAGUCACAUUGAUCGCUUCCAAGACAAAAUUCAACUAAAAUAUCUUAACAUAAAGUUUCAUGGCCUGGUUAACACCUGUUUAACUGAACUUGGGAAAACAUAUCAGAGUAAUAGUACUAACUCUCUAAACCGGAAUACUUCUACUGUCUUUAGUAUAUCAGGAAUCUCUCCCCAGAAACAGAAACCUUGCCAUUCAGGACCAAGAUUAAAUGAUUUUCAAAUAUUUCAGAUAUGUAAUACGUCUGUAUUUCUGCUUCAGCUGUAUUUGCAUAAUCCUCUCAUCUUGAUUCAAUUAUGAAGUAUAUGUGCUUCUGUAAGUUUCAUAUGGGCACUGGAUCAUGUUUUUUUCACCAUGUGCAAACACAGACAAAGAUUUAUGUGGCAUUGUUGUUCACCAGAGUACUCAUACAACCUAUAAAUAUUAAGCACAACCCAUAUUUAUAGUUUUAAACAGCUUUAGGCUGUGUUUUGUACUGCACUUGUUUUGGUUUAUCUGAAAAGAGUAGUUAUAGCAGUGAAUAGAAUGAAAGUUAAACAUAUCCCAUUAUUUUUCUUUCAGGGAAGAGAACUAAAAUAAUAACGAUAAAGUGUUAUCAUGCCUUGUGGUGCCUGUUGGUUUAAAUGUCAUAUAUUUAUAAACUGGAGUAUACUAUUUGCUUAAAAACAGGAACAGUACUGACUAUAUGCAUUUAUUUGGGCUUUCCUUAACUCUGCAAAAAUAUGUUACAAAAAAUGAAUUCCAAAUUUAUUAUAGUGUACCCUAGGUAAAAAUAGUUGCAGUUUCAGAAGUUGCAGGCAUCUCUAGGUAGGAACUUGUUUGAAGUUAAACUCAAGUGAUGAUUCUAAGAAGCAGACUGUAGCUUAGUAGCUCUACCAUGUACAGUAACACCCUAUUACUUUAACCUGCAUGCUAUUCUGCAAGUCCCGGUGUAUUUUUAUAUGAACAAUAUACUUUAAAAAUACACUUGUUAGUGUGAUGUAAUGUGUAGUAAUCUGACAGUCUGCUGUUAUUUUGUGUAUUGUACAUUUUUUAUAAAUACCUAAGGUAGUUACCAGAUGAAAUUAUAUAACCUUCCAAUUUGAACUUGUAUAAGAUUGAACUAUUUCACUGCACAAGUUUUAGUCCAUAUCUUCAAGUCCCCCUGUUUGUGCUUUUAAUACUGAGAGUAACAGACAAGGGUUAUCCUCCAUACACCAAACCAGUGCCUGAAACAGUGAAAGCUAACCUCUUGUAUAUAGGCUUUCUAAUGACCAGAAGUCAAACUCAGUAUUUUUCAGUGCCUUGUAAGUAAAUAUAUAUAUAUAUAAGAAAAAUUCUAUAUUUACCUAAGUUUUUAUGUUAAUGUUUAUGUGUGCAUAUAAUUCAGUGUGGGUCACACUGCCUGUUCACCAGCUGUGGUGAAAUAGCUUUCUCUGCAUGCUAAGCAUGUAUAUAAUUCAAAUAAUGCUUUUGCUGUCUUCUGCAUACUCACAUUCCAGAUUUUCUGUACAUUCCAAAGUUGCUGAAGAUUUCGAGCAACACAUUCUUGUUUUAAAGAGUUUUAUGUGAGCAAAGUCAAUGUCAAAUCAAAUUAUUUCAUUUGGGCAUUUGUUUUUUCACUGCAUGUACUGCAUGUAUGCUGUGUUAUAUUCCUGAAGUAUUAUCUAAGACACAGAAAGACUAACAAAUAAUAAUAUAAAUUCCAUGGAUAAAGCUUCACUCAGCCAGACCUCAGCAGCACAAUGCUAAGUGCUGAAAUUUUUAACAACAUGGUGCUCAUGUCUAUUUUAUAUAAUGCAAUGACUGAGAGGUACUGUGUUGGUGAAGUAACGUGACUGUCAAAGAACGUAAACCUCAAAGGGGUGUUAUAAUGGUUGGUUGUUAAAAUGCUGAUCAGUGGAAUUUCAUGCACACCAGUCCAAAUACAGAACUUUGAAUGGAAAUCCACCUUCCACCAACAAUCCAUCAUUUCUUCCAAACUAUGGCAACCAUAGUUAGUAUAAAGAGUUUAACUAUCUACAGCACUUUUUUUUUUGCUUUUUUUCAGAAUUCUGUGUUUAGGCCGGUAUGUGUUUUGUCUCUGGUGUUCAACAUGUCAUCUUUCGGGUAACUCUUAUAUAACCUAACCAAAGUACAAUAUGCUGUAUUUGUCUGUGCUUGCUAUAGAUGUCAUUUUAAAUUUUUGUUUCCAUCGUUUCAGUUUGCUGACAGAAUGAAAGAAUAUAGUGACUGUCAGACUGUUUUACAACUUAUGAGGGGUCCUCCUCUUGAUGUGGAAUGUAAACGGCAGUUGAAUUUAAAAAGAUGACAUGUUUUAAAUGCUCUGCUAAUUUUCUAGCCAUGGCAUAUCUAAUGCUGAAAAGAUUUUUUUUCUGGCCGAAGUACAUCUAAGCUUUGUUGCCUUGGCCACCAUGUGUACAAAUAUUCUAUCACCUUUAGUUAGAUACAUUUUCCUGAAGAGCUGGUAUAAAGAUAUUUCACAUUUCUUUGGUUUGAACUCCAGACAGUAGAGGCUGUGAGGAACCAAAGCUCCUUGAUGACUAAGCAUGUAAUUUUGUUUUGCACUACUUGACAUGCCAGUCGUAGCUGGAGUCAGGCCUUACUGUAUUUACAUUAUAAGUAGUAGUAUGCACCAUGGGAUGCAUUUGGUAGCCACCAAAUCUGAAUGCUUUCAGAUACUGUUAGCUGGCAAUUUAUAGCUCAUGGUCUGCUUACCUGAUUCAGGACAGCGGAAAAACAUUGGUAAGCUCUUAGUCUUGAUCUUUCAAGACUUGCUUGGAACCAACCAGAUAUCACAACAGGAACCACAGAGAAAUUUUUUAAAUUAUAAACUGCAGAGUAAAUUAUUUACACAAUACUUAAAAUUAUGUAUCAAUGAGUUCUCAGUGUACCUCAUUUCCUGAAAUGUUACCUACCAUCUUGUUUUCUUGUUUUUCUCACUAUCCACACAGAAGAACAAACAGCUAUCCACACAGAAGAAUUGAUGUCAGAGCUGUAGUUAGCCAUCAGCUAUGAGCAAAACAAAAAAAGUCCUGUCUCCUACUUGUAGACCUAAAAACAUUUUUAGAAACUGUAGCAAGCCUCUUACUACAAAUGUAACAAACAGCUUGCUACAAGUGCAAUACCAUGCACAAAGCACUUCAGUAUCUUAAUUCCCUCUGGAAUGUUGGCACUGCAAUGCUUCCCCAUCAGCAAUUGCAGAUUAUGCCCCCUAACACUUUGUGCCAAGGGCAGCUGCCCCCUUUGCCCCAUCCCGUGUAUAUCUCUGAUGAAUGUACAUUAAUUUUACCUUUGCUGGGUGUAACGUCAGUCCUGUGCAGUAUUAUAGUCUGAGAGGAUAACUUGAUUUUUGGCAAAAAGUAUUUUUAGAUGUUUACCAAGGAGAACAAGAAUUUUUUUCCAGUAUAAAAGAGUUUUUCUACCUUGUUGUUUGAAUUCAGCUAGUGUGUGAGAUUUCACUGUUGUGGUUGCAGGGAACUCAAGCCCCUUGGUAACUACACCAUCGAGUUUUACUUUACUCUAUGUACAGUGCUGUUUAAGAGUUAUAUAAAAGAAUACUAUAUUGUAUGACCAGAAGCGGCCAAUGAAUUUACAUUACAUACAACAAAUACUUAUGUUUAACUAUUUACUUUGAGUAAUUUAUGCAUUGUUAUUGAAGCACAGAAGAUAUAAAGAGCUCUCCAACAGGGUAAAAAAAAUGCAUCACUUGUUUUGGCAAUGGCAGAAUGCAUGACAGAGUAUUCACUUUGGGUCUGUAUUGAGAGCAGCAGCAAUAUUAUUAUAAUGCCUGGUCAUUGUGCUCAGCAGCCCCUUGUGCUUUACUCUUUGUAGUCAUCAAGUUUUAGAUGGCACAAUGGUGACCUCUUGGCAAAAUAAUAUUUAGUAUAAUAUGGUUGUGUAUGUAACUUGAUUUUAUAUUCAUUCCAGGGUGUCUUUAUUUUUUACCAACUGUGGAACAUACAGCAGUGUAUACACAUAACUCGGACUUUUAUUUUGUUUUACUUGCUUGCUGAGGAGGACAUUUUCUCCCUACAGCAAUGUGUAUGGAAUCAAAUCAUGAAGGGCGAAACUUAAAUAUGUAAUCUUUAGACAGCUAAAGUUUACAGUGGCUCUCUUAAAACAUUUUUUUCACAUGAAAAAUAAAAAAGAAAAAAAAAAGAAGAAGAAAAGGAAAACUUGCCCAUGAUCUUCUGAUCAGACAGUAUAGCACUCAACACAAGAGCUGACAGAAUGAAAAUGGCAAGCCUGUUGCUGUAGCAUGCGUAUGUGAAAAGUGGUGAUAUGGCCUUUGCACUAUAAUUGUAAUUUCCAGGUUGUGAAGACUGAGUGUAUCCAGGGAGCAGAAAAGCUGGCACAUAUUGUAAUGUUGCUCAUGACAUAGAAUCAUGUUUCUUCUGUGCUCUGAACUGAAACCCAUCCAAUGCCGGUCUUAAAAUGAUAUAGUCUGUCCCUUUAAAUUAGGACUGGUUGCCACUGGAGUCAUAUCUUUCAGAACUGAUAGGGCUUUCCCAAACUCAGACUCUUCCCUUCUCUCCUGCAAUGCACCUAGCUUUCUUCAUAUCUGCAAAUCUCAUGUUGGAUCGGUGAUCUUGGUCUAGAGAGUCAGUGCAGUUCAAUUGUUUGUGAUAAGUAGUUCUUAUCAUAUCUUUGACAGAUUUAUACAUUUAUUAGACUGCGUGAAGCAUUUACCUUUAUAGCUACAUUUUUCUAGUUUUUCAUGUGUUACUUGUUUGGUUGUUUAAUCCUCUUCCACCUAGGGCAACUGUUGACCCUUGUUCCUCUUGGCUUUCUGUACAGUAGUAUACUCCAGUUACUGUUUUUAUUUUAUAUUGUUUUGUAUAUUUCUGUUCUCUUACAUGAAAAUGGACACAGGUUAAGGGAAUAACGUCUUCGGAUUUAAUAAGUGCUCGAAGUGUGGCCACUUGAUUCCCACCCCCAGAAAGCUUGAUCCCACCCCCCCCAGGAUAUUUUGUGUUGUGCACUUCUGGUGGAUCAUUUAGAUACUUUUUGUGAUAUUCAUACACAUUUCAGUAACAAGAUUUUGCAAAUCCACAGAAAAAAAUUAAUCUUAAAAUAAUUACUUCUUGCUGAAGGCAAAAACAAAAAGACAGAGAGAGGGUGAGAGAGAGAGAUAGAGAGAAAGAGAGAGCAGAUAGAAGGGCUGAGGAGGAGAGGGGACUACGAGAUAAGAUCAGGGCUUCUUCUCCCAAGAUGUCUACUUCAGAUCCUUCUACCAGGCAAGUCUGUUUAAUCCCCUGCAAUGGAGCAUCUUACAACUGCUGCAGUCUCCCAGCUGGAUGUUUCAAGGGUUCUGUAAUCACAUACAAAGCGAAAACUGGGCAGCCUCACCUUGGAGUAGGAACCAUGGAGUUGAGGCCAUUUAGGACUUUGAGUAGUCUGUUCUUGAAUCUAGAUUGUGAUAGAAUAUUGAAGGCCCUGGCUAAUGACUAAACUGAGAUGGGUAUCCUCUCUAUGUUUCCAGGGCAGUUAGAAAAGGUCCUCUGCCAUCUACCACUUCUGCUUCUCUUCAGGGCCCUGUGUUGGUGUUGGAAAUUUCAGAGCUGUCCAAUUGGCUAUGGCAUCCUUGGCACUGAUCUUAUUGCUGCCAAGGACUACUAGGUCCAAGGUCAUUGACACUGACAAGUCAGCACAAACAUCAGCCCUAAUACCGUCAGUGCCAUUCACAUUGUCAAUAGUGUUUAUAUCAUAGAUAACAAAACCUAACCUGGCAUCAGUGCUGAGGCUUGAUGUGUCAGAUUCAGCAUCAUCAUCUUGGAGGUCAGCAUCAAUCAGGGGGCAGUAAAAUUGGUUCCAAUAGCUUCUGCUUUGCAACAGGGAAUCAGGAUAUGAUGUCAGUACAACAGUUCAGGUUGUUAAACUCUAGAGAAUUUCCCUUGAAAUCUGUCACUGCAAGACAACUCUCAACUUGAAUCAAUAUGUCUUUCAUCAUUUUCCAGCAGGACAAAGGAGUGGCAGGCUUCUGGUGGUCCAGAGUAUCUGGAGAUGAAUCAUGUCUUGAACAUUGGGAUGAAUCCACUUUGAGUUUCCCUAGAAAGAAGAAGUGUAAGACAAGACUCCUCUCUUCUGCAAUGGAGUCUCCCACUCCAUACACUGACUUGAUCAAGGUAGAGGCUUCCUCAAAUCCUGUCCUGAUGACUACAUAUGAGGAGAUCCUGAAGCUGAUGAGAAAGAGACUCUUGGCCAGUUGACCUAACAGCCUCAGAAGAAGAAAUCCUACAGGAGCCAUUGUGCUAUGCCUCCCUCCUACAUCUUGGGUGGUCUCUCCAACCAGUUGUGUGAGUGACUUGGCAGUGGGUAGGUUGUGACAAGAGCCCAAUGAGGCUGAGGCUUUUCCAAAAAAACUGGACACAAUAUUCCAGCCUCUCAAGGACAGGCAAACAGAUGCAGAGGAAAGAUCUCCUUGCAGACCUCAGGAGAUAGAUCUUCAGCCCAUCCCCUAGAGAGGGAUUCAUGGGCAAAGGACCAUACAGAUAAGUGCCUCUACACAGCAGGCACAUUCUUCAUAUGGGACUUGAAUUACUAGACCCAUAUGACCUGCUUACAGCAUGAUAUAACUGAAAAGAUGAUAGUUACAUUGAAGAAACUACCUCAUCUGUUCACAAGUUAAAGUCAAAGGUGUCAGCAAUAUUUAGCAAUUCUUCAGUCUCCAUGCAUCUCAUCCAUAAAGCAGUGAAUGGAGCAACAAGCGCAGCUGAGUCUGACGGUAUGAGGAGGCAUGCCUGGCUACAGAUGUAUGGAUUUGUGGAGAGAUACAAGGUGACCUUUACCUGUACUCUGUAUGAUAGGCCUCAUUAUUCCAACCCUUAGUAAAAGACAAGCUGCCCAAGAGUGAGCAAGCAGGCAUAACACUCACUGCUGUGAAAGUCAAAUGCUCUACUGCUCCACAGACUUUUGCCAAGAAUGGGAAGAGUGCAGAUAAUCUGUGGUUUACAAAUCUCAAAAGCUACUCUUUGAGCAAAGCUGAGACAUAAAUUCCAGAGGUUACAGAAACAUCUUCAAUAGAUGCCACUCUAGAGGCAGAAAGAGUCCAAAGAAUUUGGACUACAUAGUCCUUCCUCCAGAAAUCAACCACAGAAUCCUUGAGAGCUCUCCCAACUGUCCAUUCCUGAAGGCUGUCUGGGGGGUAGGUGAAAAUGUCCCCAUCUCAGGGCAUGGAAGGCCAUCAUGCUUGUCAAAUGGAUCAGGGAGUAGAUAAGUAGUUGUACAAUCCCAUUCCUCUCCUCAAAGAAGCCUGUUUCCCCUCUACUUCAUAUGUCCCUUCACCUCCACAUCAAAGGGGAAGGUAAGGCUAGAAGUUGUACAUCCUCUAGUAAAAAGAUAAUGGGAAUCUUGGCCAUCCAGGAUUGUAAAAGAUCCCACCAGAUCAAAGUGGAUCUAGGAUUUAUUCAUGCAAUUUUUUUCACUUCCAAGAAGUCAAAGGUUCUCAGUCCUGUUCUGAAUGUAAGUAACCUACAGUCCUACAUGUAGAAGACCAAGUUAUGGAUGUUAAUGAUUCAGGCAACCUUUUCUUGACUUCAGGAAGUAGACUAGAUGUGCUGUUUGAUCUCCAGACUGCUUUUCUCCAUUUAAAAAUUGUCAGGGCAUCCACGGAGUUCUUGUGCUUCUGUUUAGAAACUGGACACCACCAGAGUAAGACCCUCUUAUUUGGUCUUGCCACAGCCCUUAGGACACUCACCAGAUGUAUGUCAGUGGUGGCAGCUCACCUGAGACUGCAUGGGAUGAAGGUGUUUCUGUACCUGUAUGAUUGACUCCUAGCCGCACCAAUAAAUAAAUUAUUCACACAUGAGACUGCUUACUUCAUCUGUUUCUGUUAUUGAGAAUUUCACUGAGCACUUCUGAGUCACAGCUGGAGCCAUCUCAAGUACAAGUAUUCAUCAGAUGCCACCCAGCAUAGUCACCAAGUUGGUAUGUCUUACUGCGGACAGGCUGCACUGAACUACAUCAGCAGUUUUCCUGUUCUUAUUACACCUAAUAAGACUGUGGCUAUUCACUUGACUCCCUUAGAUGGACUACAUAUAAAAGUUUCAGAGUGGACCAUAAGAGUUCAGUGUUCUUGGUUGUGAGAAUGUAUAACUGAGCUGAUCUCUCUCUCCUCAGGAACUUUUCAGUCUUCUUCUUUGGUGGACCUAUCUUUGGAACUUGGCAGAAGGCUCCUCUUUUACCCAUCCCAUCCUCAUGCUCAUAGACACCAUGGCUGCAUCAGCCCUGGAAGGGGCAUUGAUUGGAGGUAGGUGGUCCAAGGAAUAUGGAUGCAUCAGGAGACCUCCUUGCACUUAAAUGUAUUGGAGAUGGGGAUGAUCUUCUUUCAUUGCAAGUUUUGCAGAAACCCUUCCUUCAGGAUGCAGUUACCAUCCACUCCAGCAAUGUCAAUAGUGUGGUACAUCAACAAACAAGAGGAAGCCAUGUUAUAUACUUUGCCAUGAGGUCCUGAAUCUAUGGAAAUUGUCAGUUAGCUUGCAUUACUUUCUGACAGCAGUGUGCUUUCCUGUUCAGGCCAACUCUUUUAGUGGACAGGCUCAAAAGAUGUCUGCUAAUGUCACAUGAGUGGUCCAGUAGGCUGCAGAUGAACUGUAUGAUCUUCACACCAUGGGGGAAAAGCUUGCUAUGAACAGUUUGCAUGUGUGACCAACUCCAAGUGCAGCAUCUUCAUUUUCCUUUUCUUCCACUAAAUCAAACCCUCUUGGAUGCUCAAGUCCAUCAGUUGCCACUGAGACUGUUGUAUGCAUUUCCCUAUGUCCAAAUAAUUUUGAAAUUUCUCCUGAAAGCUAAGAUGUACCAUGUCAGGGUAAGUCUCAUAACCCUGUUUUGGCUACAGUAAGUAUAGUUUCUCCUAUUAUGUCAUGAUCUAUUAAAGAAACUUCUUCCUUUAGAGGCUUAUCCAUGUCUCUUGACUCAUCUGUUUAGCAAGCCUUGCCCAGAUCUCCACUCCAUCGAUCUAAACAUAUAGUUUCUUCACUUCCAUUGAAGGCCAAUGAGUCUGCAGAUCAUCCUUGGGUGGUCCAAAUCCUCACUACAUCCCCAAAACAGCUCUCUAAUAAGAAAGUAGAAAAAUGGGAAAUUGGGAAGAAAAAUAAUUCUCCCUUAGCUUUAUAUCAAGGUGUAGGCCUCCUUAUAAUUAUCAUUCUAGCUCUCCUAUGAUGCCUGACCAAUAUCUUUGAUAAUGAGAUCUAGAUUUUCCACUAUAACUAUAAAAUGCAUCUACCAGCUAUUCCCAAUUUCCAUCAGGGUUUGGACUUGUCAGUAGUAGCAUCAAUGAAGGUCUGAAAGACUUUUCUGAGAGUAGCUUUUCCUCUGAAAUUAUCCUUUGAAGAUAUUGUAUUGCCUUAAGACCUUAAUUUCAUCUUACAGUACCUAAUACUUGCUCAUUUUGUACAAGCUGCCAGAGUAGAACUAACAUUUUUGUCUUCAGUGACACUGUUUGUGGUGGCAGUAACUUCAUAGAGGAUGUUUUCUUGAGCUGGAGGUCCUCUGUUUCCACCCUCCAUUACUUAAGUUUACCUUACAUAUGGAAUGUGUCUGGGAACUAAUCCACUCUUCAUGUCCAAAGUAGCCAAAUAAUUGAAUCUAAUCCAAUAUACAGAAUGUCAGCUGUCAGCUAGGUACAAGCACAAUAUAUCUUGCAGCAACAUAACUAAUGGUUAAAAGUAAACAGGGAAGCUGACUGGUCAUAAAUAAAUGCACAAUUAACCAUGUAUUUACUGGGUGUAAUUUAUGCAGUGAUUGGUCACACACUGCUUAAUUAACUGAUAUGGAGAGUAUGUCAUUCAUCCCUGCUGGGUGUAAUACAUCUGGUACCGCCAUGUAUUUGGGUUCUACAUCCAACCUCAGUUAAAAAACACCCGGUACAUAGUGGUAUGAGAAAGUAGUCAUUUUAUUUCCCCUGAAGGUGCAUCUUAAAACUACUUACUAAUUUGCAAACUGCAAUACCCAAGUUUGCUCACUUAGGCAGGUGACUGUUACGUAAGUGUUUCUUGUAGAGUGUAAGGAUCUAUAUUAGCAAAUUGAAGUGUCACUUACCCAAACAACAAUGAUUGACACAUAAUCAUCAAACUACAACAACUGCAAACAGCCACGCAAGCAAUUUUUUCCCAGGGGAAAAACUGUCUUAGCUGUAGUUGGAAACAUGCCCUUUUCUCCACUGCAGAGCAAUCUUGGAGUUGGUAUAUUUAGUUAGAGGGUGGGGGGAGCACAACCCCCACAUCAGGGGGUGUGGGAGACAAAGCCCCCCACAUUGUUAUGUUUGACAGUGUGUUUGGGUUUUGGUUGGCCAAGCGAUUUUUUUCCCCUGGGAAAAAAAUUCACUUACGUGGCCUUUCGCAGUUGUUGUAGUUCAAUGACUAUGUGUCGAUCAUUAGGUGUUCAGGUAAGUGACAUUUCAGUUUGCUAAUAUAGACCCAAGCGUAAGAAAGUAUGGUAUUUCACCUAUGCAGAAUUGUGUUUUGCCACACUAGAAUUUUAAUUCCUACCCUUUGUUAACAAGGAACCCUUCAGUGACAGAGUUAAUCAGCUCUGAGUUGUGGAGCUACAAUGGUUGAUGAAACAUACGAUGCAUGUGAAGAAAAACACAUUCCUAACCAUAUUUGAACAUAACUUGGACCGAUGGAUGCGAAACCAGAAAUUUACCCCUGGUUUGACUCCUACGUCCCUAAUGGACAGUGGCAGCCUGUGAAUGUUUGAAGUGUUCAAGCCUAUAUUAUAACUGUAAAAUUUCGUGGAGUUUUGACAUGUCAGCAACAUUUUGGUAAAUUUGAGGUAAGUUUGGCUAGGCUUAAAUGGCUCUUGUUCGAUAGCUUACACAUCACCUAUAGACCUAUAAAUUAUUUUCAGGAUUUUGCUGCAUCAGGGAUUAAAGCAGUUAAAGUGCAGUACAGUGUGUGUUACUACUGCAGAAGAAAUUCCUUAUGGUAAAAUGAGUGUGCAGGCACCAUUACUACUGUAGAAGAAUUAUAUUACAGCAAAAUGAGUGUGCAUGCACCAUUACUACUGUAGAAGAAUUAACUUCCAGUAAAGUGAGUGUGCAUGCGACUUUAUGUACAGACAUGGAUAUUCUAACUUUUCAUGUUCUCCAUGAUUAUGGUAGAUUUCAAAGUAUACCUCAAACUUGGAAUCCCCUGUUUACUAUUAUAUCAUUUGGGUACAUUGUAUCAUUGUAUAUGGAAAUCUUUUUUCUUGUUUCAUUGCAUUUCUGUUACUUUUAUUGGAGUACUGUGGGCUUACUACUCAACACUGGUACUUUUCUACAGUUGUGACUGAAUGCCAUCACUUUAACAAAGCCUUUGGUGUAUUUCUGACUGUGCAGAUGUACAUCAGAUUGACACUUGUUUUAACUGAUCAUUUUUUUCAGGGUCUGAUAAAACGGGAACUAUUCCUUUUCUUUUUCUUUUCCUGACUGCUGUAGCAGAGUCUGUCUUCUUUUGUAUGUAUCAGAGGUAUCAUCUUCUGUUUGCUAUGAUUUUUAAGUGAAAAGCCAGUUUCUGGGAUUCUGGUUCCCUGAGCAACAUCCUGGAGAGUCGCAGCAGUCAGAAACAUGGGACGGCUGGGAUGAAUCACCCUUUCCUUGCGUUCAGAUGCAUGUCACCCUGCUGAGUUGGGUCAUGCAUGCUUUGCAGCAUAAGCAUCUCUCCAGUGUCCCUUUUUCAAAAGAACUCUGACAUAUCUUGAUUUCUUGUACAUUGUGUAUGAGGGGAAACAGCAGUGUACUGAAAAUAUGUAUAUUUUUUUCAUAAAUGUCAAGAUUUCAAGAUAUCACCUUUAACCAAGAACAAAGACUGUAUCAACAAACUAGUUAUACAUGUAUGCUGGUCUCUUUUUGAUGAUGGUAGCUCAAAUACAGAUGAGCAACAGGGCAUGUUAACGGUUGUAUUUUUGUUAAGAGACUGAAUCAGUUUCUUGAACAUAAUUAACUUUCAGGAUGAUUUAUGUCAGUUUCUGCAGUAUGUCUCACUGAUGUACUUUAUCUAACAUGCGAGUUACUGUAGUGAAAAAAAUCAGCCCUUCAGAUUUUGUUGGGCACCAAAGAAUAAUCAUUAAUAAAAAUGCCCCAUAAUACCUUAGCAUUUUAUUAACAUUUUCAAGUCAUGCGUCAGUGUCCCGAACAACCCUUAGGAAUGAUCGGAGAUUACCAGUGCGAUCCACACAUGAAAUACUCAGAUAUUCAUGGAUCAUUGUCAUUUUCAUCAUUGCCUUGUUUGGUGUGUCAGCAGGUAGAAUCGUGUGAGCUGGCUACGUGAAAAGUAAAGUAACUCGCAGCAGUUCCUAGUCUAGAACACCUUACUGUUAUUACUCAGCACACUUGUACUAGUAAUAUAAAAACUCCUCUGUUACUGACUUUUCCAGACAUUCUUUAGAUGUAGAAUAGCUAUAUGAUUUGCCAUAGGGUAUUUCACCAUUUGGAUUGUAUAAUUUUAGAAUCCAGUUGAGCAGGUAGUUUUGUGAUUUAAUAGUUUGUCAUUAUUUACCAUCAUGUGUUAAAUACUGCAAUAAAGCUUUCUAUAUUGAAACUACCUCUGAAAUGUUGGAAAGCUUAUAAAUAGUAUCAUUUAAUGUAUUUUAUUACAGACCUAGGUCAUAUAAAACUGCUUCCACUGGAACAAAAUGUGUUGCUUCCAAAUCAUUGCAAAAAUUAACUUACUGCGUUACCAUUAUCAGAAAGUACUUUGAAUCUGGUCAUCUACAGUACAUUUUUCUUAGAAACGUUGUUAAAAUGAGUCAAUAUUAUGAUGUAAUGUUACUGUAUGAAUCAGUUUAUGUAAAUGGGAUAGGUUGGAAUAAAUAGAGUUGUAACAAUGGUGUUUUCUGUAUCAGCAGUUGCCUGUUUUUGACAGUAUAUGUUAUGUGCUGUGCAUACAGAAAUUCAGUUAUUGCUCAUCAGAUUCAUUUACUCUAACAAUGAAAAAAUCACUUCUACAGAAUGUAAGCUGUCUAAAUUUACCACAUUCUUUACAUCAAUUUGUUUGAAUGUGUUCAUAUUUAGAAUCUUUAAAAUGCAGUGAACAUUUUUCCUCUUGUUAUAAAAAUAGUCAACGAGAGACAAAGCGGUGUAUAUAGGUCAACAACCAAUGUUAAAGACAUUUCAGAACAAUUUGAAAGUUACAGUGUUGAGUUUCUUUGCAUAUAUUUUGAUAUUCCAGCAUUAACCAGCUUUGCUGGGAUGGUGCUUAUUUUAUGUACAUGGCAUUAUAUGAAAAGCAACUAAUUGAUGUAAUAUACAUUUUGUCUGUAAGUAAUGCUGUUAAAAAUGAUGUUGAUCCUUUGGAGAAUAUGAAGAAUAUAUCAGACCAUUUUGUUUAGAUUGUAUAAGAGUUGCUAAAUCAUUACAGAUUUUUUAAUCAUAAAUUAAAAAAAGUGCAGUUAAAUGUUGAAGUCAUGUAUGGUAUAAAGUGAGUGCUUUUUCUGUAACAAAAAUAUUUUAAACUUUA